GCCAGAUCUUCAUGCUGGGACCCCCGACUGUCCCAUUGCGCCAUGCGCCUGGCCACCUUCCCGCGGCGCUUCAGCGGCCGGGCGACGGCUGCCUUAGGGUGCCGGCGUGUCUCCGACGGGGGCCAGACCUUCGCCAGCGUGCUGAGGGACCUGCAGAAGAAGGGCAAGCUGCCGACGUCCGGCGCCGGCGCUGGCGCCCCGGAGUUCAGCGAGAAGCCGAGCGCCUCCGGAGGGCCCCCCGGCGGCUUCGUGGACAUCGACGAGGCGCUGCUGAUGGACGCGGAGCUGGAGGGGGAGGCUGAGCAAGAUGAAGAGGCGGAGGCGGAGAAAGAAGCGGAGGAGAUGGACGACGGCCAAAGCCAAGCCGUCGCCGCCGCGAAGCUGGCGCGGCAGAAGGCCUUUGAGGAGGCCGCGCAGCUCAGUGAGGAAGAGCUGCGGGAAAGGGUACGGAAGUCCAUCGAAGUGUUGGUGCCCGAGCGCACCGGCGCCGCAGGAGAGCGUCAAGAGGGCGAGAUGGAGGGAGAGCUGACCCCAGCGCAGAUCUUCUACAUGGAGAACCGGGAGCGUCUGGUGAGCCGGGCCCAAGACUACUACCUGGAGAAGCAUCGAGAGCUUCAAGCGCACGAGCCGGACGUGGAGGACGAGUGGCGCUACUACCACGACCCAGUGGUCCGGCCCGAGAAGGGCCAUUUGUGGUCCACUGGUCUGGACGGCGGGGAUGAGCAUGGCCAGGAGGACGCCUGGCUGCAGACGGUGGACCUCUGGCCCCGAGGUCGCAUGCCCACCCCGGAGAUGCUGGCGGAGCUGUUGCGUGCCGAGCAGGCGCAGGACGUGAGUAUCAUCGACCUCGAGGAGUGCGGGCGCCGGGACGUGGGGCUCUUCGCCCUGGUGGCCACCGGGGUCACCAGCCGCCACUGCCGCAGGUUGGGGCAGAUCAUGUUCCGCGCCACCGAGGCCUGCAAAGUGCCCUUCGUGGAGCCGUUUUGCUACGGCACUCGGGAGGACGAGUGGGUGGUGGCGCACUGCGGACCCAUCAAGGUCCACCUCUUCACCCGGGAGACCCGGGACCAGUACCAGCUGGAGCUCCUGUACCGCAGCCCGGAGGACUUCUUUCAGGUGGGAGACUUCCCCCACUACGUGGAGAUCUACGGCUCCGCGGUGGAGGCCAUGCUCAACGGGGGCUCCCACAUCACCACCUCCCUGGGCUCCAGAAGUCAGACCCAGAUCGCAGCGCCCUACCGCGACACCCUGCACACCUCGCUGACGCAGACAGACUACGCGGGCGCGGAAGAGGCCCACUUCACGGCCGCCAAAACCGCCCCCAUCGACGUGGGCGAGGUGCACCCAGAGGCCGCGUGGCCCAAUUCCUGGCCGGAGUUGGCGCCGGGCGAACCGGAGGAAGACACCGACAGCGACGAGGAGCCGCUCGAGCCUUUCGCUCGAGCCGAGCCAGAAAAGAAGGCGAAGGAAGCGCCGGCGAUGCGAUCUAGGGCGCUAGACAACCCGCCCUUGACCCGACCGCCGUCUUUGAGCCAUGUGGGCCUGGCCUGUGCUCCUGCCAUUGGCAGCUCGGAGUUGGACGUGGCCUGGGAGAUGCCGUCCUCGUUUUCGGCCGCCGCGGCGCUGGCGGCCCUGGAGGAUGCGACGAGGCUCGAGCAGCAGAUCGCGGGCGACGAGCUCCUCCGCAUCACCGCGGGCGUGGGACCAUUGGAGACCUUCAGCUUUGUCCAUCAGCCCCUGGGCCUCCUCUUGGACACCGCCACCGCGGCCCUGCGCCACGCCUUCGCGGCCGCGGAGAGUCCAGCCAGCCUGCUGGACGAGGCGGUGAGCCUGGAGCGGCAGCUCUCGGAGCUGCACUUGGCGCACAGCAAGGCCCGCUCGCCUCGAGGUCUCGCCCCCGCUCCGAAGGUCCGAAGGGCGGAGAGGCUGGUUGCAGCCCAGGGCUGGAGAUAUUUCUUGGAGCACUGCGUACCUUGA